ACUCUGCCUACCAUAGCUAGUGUGUGGCCAUGCCACGAUUCAAACACAGUUCUGCCUUAGUCCUAAAUCAGUGCUCUUUCUCUAAACCACACUGACUCUUCAGUUCCUCCUUUCUGCGGAGCGGCCCUGGAUCCUUCACGGACAAAGCGUCCCGGAGAGAAGGGUAUGGCAGAAGACCCUAGAGCUGGACACAUAGGAGGAGGAGCUUCUGAAGUGCCAGUGUCGGCAGAAGAGCCUAUCUUCUUCAGAAUGCCCAUCUGUGAUCAUAUGAGGGAAUUACCAAAAUGUCCCCAGACAUUCAACCUGGUCUGCGGCACUGACGGGAUCACAUAUGAGAGUGAAUGCCAGCUUUGCUUAACCCGGUUAAAAACCAAACAGGACAUCCAGAUCGUGAAGGAUGGCGAAUGCUGAUCCCACAGGAACCUAAGCCAUGAGCUUCAGGCUGGAGAACAGUGGUGGGAGUGAAAAGGAUGUGACAUGAAAUAAAAGAUCCAGCCCAACCCCAUCAAGUGGGCCAGUAUGUCUGGGGCCUCAGGGGAGGUGGCUGUGGAGGCGGUAUGGUGGAACUGGCCCCAUCCUCCUCACUCUGAAUUAAUAUCCUCUCCAUCGCUCCAGCGCUCCACUCUGUCACACGUCCCCCUAGAGAUCCCAGGUAUUUGUUUCCCUCUCUGAGGUCAGGGUUCUAAGAGGCCAGCCCCUGGCCUUAGGACUCUCUCUGCCCAGUGCUCUUGUGUGACUCAGGUCCAGAACCUGGGUGAGACCUACACCUUCUGCCACUGCCAGGGUGCUUGGCCCAGCUUCAGAAGCCUUUGUGAGGGUCCCACAACCCCUCAUGGCUUUUCUCUCUGGCACCCCAAGUUCUCUCUCUCACACAUACACACACAACCACAGCUGAUAUCCAAGUAAUGCACACAGUACAACAGAAGUGCUCAUUAAAAUACUGAAAUGGGUAAUAGUUGAAACAGAUGCUGCCCCAAGCCCUUGAUGUCCCCCGCACCCUACCCACCCACAGCAGGAUGACUUGACUCGACUUUCUUUUGGUCAACAUCCACUCUGACUGGCUGUUAAAUAUGUUGACAUUAGACACAGCCCCAUGCACACACAGCACACGUGCACUCACGCAACGGCCCGCAGAGGCCCUGGCCUACGGUAUAUGCCAAGUGCCCACUCUCUAGGUCAAAGCCUACAGGAUGAACCUCUUGAUAAUGCUGGUGGGGGAAGAGUGUGGAGGGGCCUGGCCAAGUGGAAGCAUUUUCACGUGGGAAAACGCGUGCCAUGGUCCAAAAGGAAAAGUUGGAGCAAGGAAGGCAGGAACCAAUAUUCCCUGAACCACAGAAAUGGGAACCUAAGCACGAACUGCUGCUUAUAGAUUCACAACUAUUAUGGGAGGUCAUCGACAGGCCCUUCCAUUGCUACAGACAAGAGAAUCUCACUUCCCACCUGCGAAUGAAUAAUGUAAGAUUAAUUUUGGCUGUCAGAGACUGAAAAGCUGAAAUAACUGCGGCUUCGACAGAAGUUCAUUUCCUUCACGUAGACCUAUCUAGUAAGCCAACUCCAUGCUCCUUCUAUGUUUACUCUGCCCUCAACAGUUUCUACUUCAAGGUCCAAGGCAGCUGCUCCAAAUCCAGCCAUCAUGUCUACAUCCAGCCCUCAGGAAGGAAGGGCAAAUUAAUGCCUCUGGAAAUGCUUCCGAUAAGAUGUACACAUUAGUCCUGGCUGCGUGUCUCGGUUGGUUGGAGCAUCAUCUCAUACACCAAAGGUCGCAGGUUCAAUCUCCAGCCUGGGCACAUGUGGGAGGUAACCAAUCAAUGUUUCUCACAUCCAUGUUUCUGCUUCUCGCUCUCCCUUCCUCUAAAAUCAA